CAUUGACACAGCUGUUCAACAUUCGAUGUCUGUUUCCUAUCCCAACGCCACGAUUCAAGGUCGAACAUAGCUGACCGUUUUCUGGAUGGGGUUUGGGAAAUGGUCUUCAGAGCUGGCAGUUAAAUUUCUCUUCUCGCAAAAGACUUAUACGAUGCGCCAGGAAAAGCCUCGGCACCUAAAAUAUUUAAACGAAUUUCGCACUCAACAAUGCCUCCUGUUUCUUGAACAACAGUGUCAGUUUCACCGCCCUUAUACUUGCUUUCAUUGGCACUUUCCAAACCAGAAACGGAGGCGGCCUUUCAAGAGACCUGAUGGAACUUUUAAUUACAAUCCGGAUGUAUACUGUGAUAAAUAUGAUGAAACAAGUGGGUCAUGUGCUGAUGGAAAUGAAUGCCCGUAUGCGCACCGCAAUGCUGGUGACACGGAACGACGUUAUCAUCCGCGCUAUUUCAAAACUGGAAAUUGUAUAUAUGAAACUAUGGAAAACGGAGCCUGUGUCAAGAAUGGUCUGCAUUGUGCUUUUGCACAUGGCCCUGAUGACAUCCGUUUACCUGUUUAUGACAUUCGCGAAGUUCAGGAUGCUUCUUCAAAAUUCACUGUUAAUCUACCUGCAAGUUUAGAAAAAGAGCGAGUAUUGAGUGAAGAUCCCAAAUGGAAUGAAAUGUUCCAUGUACUUGGCUGUUAUAAAACUGAAUUAUGCAAGAAACCACCGCGAAUGUGUCGUCAAGGUUAUUCAUGUCCGUUUUACCACAAUGGAAAAGAUAAACGAAGAGCUCCUGAUAAAUUCUUGUAUCGUAGUACUCCUUGUCCUAUUGUUCGACCUGGUGAUGAGUGGCAAGACAGUACCCUUUGUGAUACUGGCGAUGCAUGUGUUUACUGUCAUACGCGAACGGAACAACAAUUUCACCCUGAAAUAUAUAAGUCGACAAAAUGCAACGAUGUAUUAAAUUCUGGUUAUUGUCCACGUGGUCCUUUCUGUGCCUUUGCACAUUGCGAUUCAGAAAUGUCGAUUGGACGCGAUUUUUCUGCAAAUGUACAACAGGAACAACCUGGACUGAUUAUGGAAUCUAAUAAUAAUAAUAAUAAUAAUAGUUUAUCAUCAAACAAUAUUUCACUAUCAUCUAGUUCAAUAACGACGGGAAUCACAACAACAACUAGUUCUUUUCAAUAUCAUCGUCAUAUUCCUUCUGAUAUUUCGAUGAUUUCUCAUGGUGGUGGAGGAAGCGAAAAUCAACAAUAUUCUGCUUAUUCUCCACAUCUUCAUCUAUCUACACCAAGUGCUGUGAAUAGCAAUUUACGUAUUUUAGGCACUAGUUCCACUACUACCCCUACUAUUGCUGGUAUAAAUAACAGUAAUAAUAACUUACCACCGAAUUUAAUGUCCAAUUUAAACGCCAAUUUUUCAAAUUUAUCGUCUAUAAUUACUUCAUCACCUCAACAACAACAGAUAUCUCAACGUACAACCUCUAGUCAACAUCAUCAUCAUUACCAUCAGCAUUUGAUAAAUUUCCCUUCUUCUACAAUAGAAUUUAAUAAGUCAAUUAGUACCAGUGAUCAUUCUGGAAGAUGUUCUCAUAUACCACCAAACCCUAUGACGUCAAACGUGAUAUCACCUCUCGGUUCAGCGCCAAAUCAAUCGUGCAUUCGUGGGCGUCGUCUUGCUCGUUGUACAUCCCCCCGUACAACAAGUAUGUGGCCCACGUUCAACUUGAUCGCUAAUCCUGGUAAUGAUAGGCAGCAUUUUACUCAAUUACCAGGUCCAUCAAAUUCAGAUGCUAGAAUUGGAGCAUGCUCUUCCUUGGGUGUUUUAUCACCCAGUGCAGUUAGUUCAACUUGCUCUCCGAUUCAGAAUACUCACUUUUCACAUUCACGAAGUCGUCCUAUACCUGGCCAAUUUCAUAACGUUUUAACUCAUUCUAUGUCAACAGCUGGUUAUACACGAGAUACUAAUAAUAAAGGUCGUCAUCGUAGCGGUAGUUCUAUGUCCUCUGAAAUUGGACAAUAUUCUAUGAAUGUUAAAGAGUUGACUUCUCCUCCUACUGCCUAUCUGGAUUCAACUUCAACUUACCCAGGUCGAUGUGGUUCUUAUAGUGGUGGUUGUGUUGUGGGUAACUUGAAUAGAACUGCUAAUUCCUCGGCUGUUGUUACAGUUGGCGGCGGUGGUGUUAGUUUACCGACACCAAAUCAGAAGCAGAGUAUGAUGGGUGCGGCUACUUCCAAGCCUGUACUGUUAGGACAGCUCUCUGGGAUUUAUCAAAAUGUGGUCACUCGUAAAAAGCAACAACAACCUAAUAUGCUAUGGGAUAAUUUUGAAUCGACAUCUAGUACAGAACAACAAUACUUCUCGCCUAAUUGUCCAUGGUCUACAAUGAACAUAAGUGGUACUGGUAAUAAUGAUAGUAAUGAUGGGAUUAAUGAAACAGAAAAUGAUUUCAACACUUUUUUGGAUCAAUAUCAUAUGCCUAUCGGUAUUGCUAGUACAUCUUCUGUUAGUAAUUGUGAUGAUACUAGUCGUGAUAGUGGUUUAGUUCUUGAUAUGACAUUGCCUCCAACUUCACCGCUUGAAUCAAAUUGUGGUGGAUUUUUAAACAGUAAUCUCGAUGUCGAUCUAUUAUCUCAAUUGACACAAUCGCAACGACAACAACAUACUUCAUCUAACACUGCUGCGUCUGGUGCUGCCACCGCUUUCUUCGAUGAUAUUAAUGCAGUUUACCCAACAUUUUCUCAAGAUAUGGUUUUUCAUUCACCAUCUGAUGAUGGUUUCAUUUCGACACAUUCUACUUCCGAGGAACUAGAUCAUCCUCAACAUCGUCAUCAUCAUUCUUCUUCGUUUUUAGUUACUGUCACUACAAGUAGUAAUAUUGGUGUAAGUGAUUGUUCAUCAUUGCCAAAUUUUUACGCAUCAAAUCCAGUUAGUAUACCUGGUAGGGGAGGAAAUAAUAACAAAGAUAUAAAAAGUUUACAAAUGCGUUGUGAAUUCUUGGAUUCUAUCACAUGUCAAUCAGAUAAUACUUUACCGCAAUAUGAUUCAGCGCAAUCGACUAAUUUACAACAACAGGCUGGUAGUAGUAAUAGUAGUAUUAUUCGAUCGAGUAAUUUUAUCAAAUCAAAUCAACACAUAGUAGGCUGGCCUUCAACUUUUAUUGAUGAAACUGGAUAUCAUCGGCACAGUUCUCCUAUAUCUUCUCCAGUAUCACUAAGUAGUAAGAGUAAUAACAAUCGAUUUUCAUCAAUUGUUGGUACACCCCUUGGACGCGUUAAUCUGCCAAUUUCGGCGGCGGCAGGAGUCGAUUUAAAUGCUUCUGGAUUAGCCAGUAGUGCUAGUAGUAGUUCUACCAGUGCUAUAUCAUUUGGUGCCAUUGGUUCCCGUGUUCAUCACUGUUCAAUGACAUCGGAAUCCACAGACCAACCGGACAAUAACCGGUCAACUAGAUCACAACAAUAUUCAGAAUGUUCAACUCAGGGUGGUAUUUCUAAUGUGUCUUCAACUUCAUCUCCCAAUCAACUGGAUCUUGGUGGAACUCGAACAAGUUCUAGGAUUUUCUCACAUUCAAUAAAUGAUAACUUUACCAACUUACCGCAGUCACCUAUUCUUUUAUCGUCUCCAUUCAGUAAUCCAGGCUGUGAUCUAGAGCGUAUAACUUUACGUCGUGAAUUAGAUGAAGUAAAACAACUUUUAGAUUCAAAGGAGGGUGAAGUGGAAGUUUAAAAAAGCAAAGAGAUUUUGUUACAGAACAUUUACGUGAUUCGCUUGGUGUAAUUCGUCGUUUAUUUCAUUCAUUGAAUAUAUCUCCAUCAGCUUCGACUGAUUUAUUUAAACCAUUAUUUAUUGAUACCGAAAUUAAUAAUAUUAGUAGUGAACAGAGUACCGGUUGUUGUUAUGCUCAAAGUUUAUCAUCAGAAUCAAAUCCAUGUGAGAAAUUUAAAACGUGUAUGCAAACUUCACCUAUGAAAAGUCCUAGUCCAAGUGGACCGAUUGAUUCAGUUAGUCGAAACCCUCUACAACAGCAAGAAGCAUUAGCAGCUCUAUUCGCUAACCCACUUGUAUCAGCACUUUUGAAUAGUCAUCAUAAUAAUGAUAUUGAUACGACAGAUGAUGAUGGUUCCAACAAGACAAAGUCUGAAAUGCAGUUUCAAAAUUGGAAUUUACCAAACAGUAAUUAUAAUACAAACUGUAUACAACAUGAUAAUGAAUCAUCUGUGCAUGAACUCAAAGAAACUUUCAAUAAUCCAUGUUUAUUAUCAUCUACUUGUGCUGGUGUUGAUAAUGGUGGUACACAUAACAAUUCUGAUUAUAAUGAUGAUGACGAUCUAUUCUCUGCAUCAGGUUUGCUCUCAUUAUCGAAUCAAGAAUCUUGUGAUUUAGAUCAACAAAUAGUAGAAGGCAGUAAUACAGAAGAAUUGUUAACAUAUCAUCAUUCGAAGACUUUUGAUGUGCCCACUAUCGCUAGUACUUCUGUUUCUGAGUUGACAACAACCACGACGGCAGAUACAUUGACAAUAUUAACUAAUAAUACUACAUUUGAAGAAUCUAAUGUACCGACCACUGAAAUGACAGUUAUCGAAGAAAACUCAUUCCGAUUGAAUAAAAUAAUGAAUACUACUACUGUCGACCCUGUUACUACUUCUACCAGUACUAGUUUUGUAUUUCAGAAUUCAUCCCUAGAUAUACAACAUCAGGAAAGUAAUAACGAUGAUAACAAUAAGAAACAAAACAACUGUUGCUUAUCAACCUCAUCGUCAUCUAAACAUAUAGCUAAUGAAAAACAACCUAUCUAAUGUUUGUUGAUAUCACAAACACACACACACACAAAGAAAAUUGCAUCAUUAUCAUGCUUAGUUUUUUUUCUCUAGGCUCUGUUCCACAAUAUUACUAUUAUAUAAUGAUUAUAUAUAAUUCAUAAUUAUUAGAGAAUAAAAAUAAAAUUAACAAAGGAUAAUUCUAGUGGAAGAAACCGACCAAAAGUAUGAGAAAUGAAACAAGUUAUACACAAUAAAAUGUAAAAGAUGAUCCCUAAUUAGAUUCAGAUUUAUUAGACAAGAUUCUUUUUGUUUUCUUAAUUUAUUCUUAGUGAAAUAUUUGAUUACAAUAUUAACUAUUAGCAUUGUUAUUCUUACUUAUCGUUCGACAUUGUUUAGGUGUCUAUCUGAUUUUACGUAUGUUAUUAUUAUUAAUACUGUUACUAUGAUCUAUUUUCAUAAACAUUUUACAUAUAUACACAUGGUCUCAUUUAAUUAACUGAGCCGACAAUUAAUUCAUUGUAACAAUAUUUUCCCAUUAUUGUGUUUUCGCUGGCGUGUAUAUAUGUGUAUGUUACGAUUUGUACUUUUCUCUCUCUCGUCGUAAAUCAUACUUUUUCUUCUUACUUUCAAUUAGUACUAUUCAGUAGUCUGUCACAUUUAUGAUGAGAUAACAGAGAUAAUUAAGAAUAAGGGUGGGAGGAAUGGUGAUUCUCUCUCUUUCUUUUUCUUUUCUACUAUGUUUAUAAACAAACAAGCAAGUAAAUAUUAACACCACCCUGAACAUACAUCAUUUAUUAGUUGUAGUUGUAAUUUAUUUAUCCAUUGUGCAAAUUCAAUACAAUAACCAUACAAUGCACGCGCAUACACAUAGACACACACAUAAAUGGUAAUUUCUUUUUUGCCUUUUAUUUGUCUGUUUGUAAAAUAUCUACUAGUAUUGUUUGUUGAGAGUGUUUUCAUAGUAUCAGUUUUCAUAUUCAUAAAUUUCUAUGUGCACACACACAACGUAUGUGUAUGAUAAUGAAUUGUGAUUAGUGAUUUUGGGUUUACAUAAUUAGUCACUUUAUUACAUGUUUAUUUGGGAUAAUCCUAUACUUGUUUAUAACUGACAAGUUUUUUUCGAAACAAUUCAUGCCUCAACUACUAUGAAAACAUACAUCAUAUGUGUUUGUGUUUAUUAUUCAUAGAAGAUGGAUAGAUGAUUACAAUAAUAAUAUUGAAAAGUAACCGCUGUAAUUACUCUCGACGCUGUCACCGCUGCCAAUAGCCUAUUAACCAAUAAACUUUAAUACUGCAUACUAACUUACAAGUCAUCUUUUAGAUAUCUUGCGUGCAUAUAUCUUUUCAGUUAUGUGUUUAUAUGAUUGUUAUUAUUAUUAUUGUUAUUAUU